CAGAUCGGCACUAGUCCGGCCAAUUGCUGGCGUAUUGUUUACAUAUACACUAGUUUAUUAACCCAGAAAGUCAGGAACAUCCCGUGUGGUGCUCGGUGCUCCGCAAAAACCCUGGACAAAGUCUCCUUGAAAACGAUUUGGAAAACAUACCAAAAACUCCCCCAGUUUGUGUGCCGUCGUGAUCCUGUCAAAAUAUCGACCUAAAAAGUUACUUUCGGAUUCUCCGAGAAGGCGGGUUAGCCAUUAUUGCUAUUUAUGGAGAGCAUCGAAAAAAUGCUAUAAAUAUAUCCGAUCCCGACAGAAAGCGAGCCGAAGAUUUUAAUAUCGCUCCCUGGCCAAACAACAAUGGCUACAAUGGAUGAUUUCUUCCAUAAGGUGCAGCGGAAGCAUCCCACCAUUCUGGACGACUUGCGAGCAGUCUUCAAAAACUCGCAGAGCGAUUCACCACAGCGUUCAAUAACUCUAUCCCAAAUACGUGCUGCCUACACUCAACGAACUGGCCAGGACUUUCCCAUAAAGGGUGGCACGCGAACUCAAAUGUGUUUCGUUUUGACAAUCCCUUAUGUUGCCUGUUUCACCAGUCAAAUUGGCACCUUGCGAUUUUUUACCAUUGACGUGAAACAGGAAUAGGGGCAAAUUAAAAACAAAGUCUAGUCACUCCGUGCAAUUUCUGGGUACUCAUACGAUGUAUAGCAAUAUCUAAAAAUACCU